AUGGAGUCCUCCGGCGGAGUCACAGAGCCGCUGCUGGUCGACGUCGACGAGAGGUCGAGGGAGGUGGAGGAGCUGUUCGCCUUCGGGAAGGUGCAAUGCCGAGAGCUGACGCGGGUCGGCUGCUGGGAGUCGAAGAACCUGUGGCGCCUCUCGUGGGCCUCCAUCAUCGUGCAGGUGUUCAACUUCACGCUCAGCCUGGUCACCCAGAUGUUCGUCGGCCACCUCGGAGCGACGGCCCUCGCCGGCGUCUCUGUCGCCAACGUCGGCGUCCAGGGCCUCGCCUUUGGGAUCAUGGUAAGAAUACUGUGAGAAACCCUCGUAAUCGUCUUUUUUCCUUCCGCAAGAAUGGUCUCAAAGUCGAGGUCCCUCCCCCAACCCUUGUCACAGCUGGGCAUGGCGAGCGCGGUGCAGACUGUCUGCGGGCAGGCGUUCGGGGCGAAGAAAUACAGCAUCAUGGGAAUCGUCCUGCAGAAGGCGAUGAUCCUGCACGUGGUGAUGGCGGUGGCGCUGGGAUUCCUCUACUGGUUCUCCGAGCCCCUGUUCCGUCUGGUCCGGCAGUCCGACGAGGUGUCGGCCAUCGGGCAGGAGUACGCCAGGGGCCUCGUGCUGCAGCUCCUCGCCUACGCCAUCUACCUGCCCAUGCAGCGGUUCCUGCAAGCUCAGAACAUCAUCAACCCCAUGGCCUACCUCGCCCUUGCCGUCUUUUCCUUCCACCUGCUGCUGUCCUGGGUCGUCAUGUCCGUGCUCAAGUGCGGCAUCCUGGGGGCCGCCCUCUCGCUGAGCUUCUCCUGGUGGGUUCUGGUCAUCUCCACUGGGCUCUACAUAUUAUUGAGCCCUUCCUGCCGGCAGACCUGGACUGGGUUCUCCCUGAAGGCCUUCACCGGCCUCUGGCCUUACCUGAAGCUAACGGUGGCAUCCGCCGUCAUGCUCUGGUGAGAGACUCUCCUUUCGUUUAGGUUUUUUUUCUCUCCUUCAGCUGAUUAAAUCGCUGGUUGACCAUCAAAUCCGUGGCAGCUUGGAGAUCUGGUACAACCAGGGCAUCGUGCUCCUCACGGGGUUCCUCUCCAACCCGGAUAUCUCUCUGGACUCCAUCUCCAUCCUGUAUGUUUCUUUCCCAUCUACUUCUUCGACUUUCCGUUUCUCCUCUUUUAGAAUCUUCUCCCUCUGUUCCUCGAUCAUCAUCAACUGUUCCUCGAUCACCUGCUUUCAGAGCAAAUUACUUGUCUUGGGACAUGAUGAUCAUGCUGGGCCUGGGAAACGCCGGCAGGUACGUAGAUCCUCGCGUCGAGUUCCUUCUUUGAGCGUGUAGAGCUUGAAUAUUUGUUAUUAGUUGCAUUCAUUAAGAUUGAUUCCCAAAAAUAUUUUCCUCGAGUCGUAAUGAGGUAGUCUAGUUCUUUAAAAAUACAUGUUAACAUAUAUUAAUUGGACCGAUGGAAAAAAAUAAAUGACAAUCUUCAAGGACAGAAAUUUGACUGAUGAAAAAGAGUCAUCAGUAUUUCAACUAAUUUUUAUGAAAUUAAAAUAUGAUUACGAUCAAAUAUAGGAAAUUUCAUUCCCUUUUGAAUUUACUUAUCAUAUAAAAUGGAAAUUUAUCGGCGGCUUCUCAGCGUCCGCAUCGGCAACGAGCUCGGCGCCGCCCACCCGCGGGUGGCAAAGUUGGCCGUUGUGGUGGUUGUAGGGACAUGCACUGUCAUCAACUCUAUCAUCGCCGUCGUCGUCUUCGUCUUCCGAGUCGCUCUGAGCGAACUCUACACCAGCAGCGAUGAGGUCAUCGCCAUGGUUUCCAAUAUGAUGCCGCUGCUCUCCAUAUCCAUCUUCUUGAACGGCAUCCAGCCCAUCCUCUCCGGUGAGAUAGGCUCCAUCGAAACCUCCUAAUCUCCCAUACUCUACCUAAUCUUGUGGUACGAUUAUGAUUCCAGGCGUCGCCAUUGCAAGCGGUUGGCAAGCAGUUGUGGCCUAUAUUAACAUAGGUGCCUACUACUUCGUCGGCCUCCCCAUUGGGUGCGUUCUUGGCUUCAAGACGAGCUUAGGAGUUGCCGUAAUCCCCCGCCUCCCUCUCUCUCUCUCUCUCUCUCUCUCUCUCUCUCUCUCUCUCUCUCUCUCUCUCUCCCGUUUAACGAAUUCCGUCUUCCGUAUCUCCCAGGGGAUCUGGUGGGGAAUGAUCAUCGGUGUCUUCGUCCAGACGGCCACACUUAUCGUCAUAACAGCCAGGACCAACUGGAACCGAGAGGUAAACCAGCUACUCUCUGUCUGUCUGUCUGUCUGUCUCUGCCUCUCUCUCCCUCUCUCUCUCUGUCUCUCUCUCUCUCUCGCUAUGUGCUGUCACCGUUCUCACUGUGAGUUUGUCAACAAUGUUGCAGGUGGACAAGGCCAUCGAGCGCCUGACGAAGGCGGACGACGAGGAUCACUUGAACGGCGGCGCAGUCUUGGCACUAUGA